GGACCAUUAACCUGCUGCCAUCAUGAAAAGUGUGGCUGUAGUGCUGUUGGCCCUGGCCUGUUUAAAGGCCCCCGGUAUCGAAGGGGCUCCGGAUAAUCGAGGUACAGAGUUCAUCAUCGGCUUUAUGCAGAAUAUUGCUGCGAGCUACGAUGUCGAGCUUUUUGUCACGACAAUGAGAACAACAACAGUAAAUGUAAAAGUAACCGCUCCUAGAUACAGCGCCGCAGGUAUCAACGAGGCCUUCACUGUAACAGCAGGAACUGUUAAACAACUGUUCUUUGACCCUAGCAUCCGUCUGUAUAGCAACGAGAUGAGUUCUAAGGCUGUCCUGGUAACUGCUGACGAUGAAGUGGUUAUCUACGGUGUAAACAAGGAGACAUACUCAUGCGAUGCCUUCCUUGGACUACCGACAGAUGUUAUGGGAACCGAGUACUACGCCGUGACGUACUAUCCGCCGUCCAGACAGUGCGAGCUUUUAAUUGUUGGUGUGAACGAUAGUACUACCGUCAAUAUCAAAGUAGGGGAGGCCAUUGGUAGUCGGUACAUCACUUGGGGAGGACAAAACUACUAUAAAGGAAACACGCUCACUGUCACUAUGAACAGAUUUGAUACAUUCCAACUUGUCACUUACGGAGACCUCACAGGAACAUACAUUGAAUCAUCUAAGCCGGUAUCCGCCUUUAGUGGAAAUAUGAAAACAAAUAUUGGCAGCGGAGGCAGUUCUGAUCAUUUAGUUGAACAUCUGACAAAUGUUGAUACAUGGGGUAAGCGAUUUGUUACUGUUCCUGUUCCAAAGAGAUCAGUCGGAGACUACUUUAAGUUUAUUGCUAGCGAAAGUAACACCAGGGUUACAAUAAGUGGCGGAUAUUCCACCUCAUUCACCCUUACAAAAGAAGGGAACAUGGUACAGAAGUCAAUCUCUUCCAAUGCACAUUGUCUUGUUGUGUCGGACAAACCAAUCCUUGUAGUACAGUUCUGUCUCAGCCAGCAGUCUUCAAAUGAAGAAUCUGAUCCUAUGAUGAUGAUCAUUCCACCAGUGGAACAGUUUGGAGCCGAUUAUACAUUUGCCACACCAAAGUACUCUCUUGGAUCUUAUAGCAACUACUUCAUGUUUAUCAUCAAGGAAUCUGAUAAGUCUGGACUCCGAGUCGAUGGCAAUGCCUUUCCAUCCAAUACUGUAUAUAACAGAAUCAGCGGUACAGACUAUGUAGGUGGUUACAUCAGCGUGUCCGAGGGGUCCCACUCUGUACGUCACACAUCUCCCAUCUCCGUCUUCGGUGGGUACCUGUACGGUCAAGCCAGAUACGAGACGUACGGCUUUACUACAGGAAUGCGUAUGGCUGGCAUCAAUACUAUUUGUGUGCCGACAGCUACUGUGGUUGGUGACGGUGUGGACAAUGACUGUGAUGGCCUGAUCGACGAGGAGUUGUGUACUACAGAAAAUCAGGGUAGAGAUGACGAUGGCGAUGGACAGUCGGAAGAAGACUGUGCGACUCCUCCACCGAUUGACGGUAACUGGGGAUCGUGGGGAUCAUACGCCACAUGUUCAGUAUCCUGCAAGUCGUCAACAGGGGGCACUACAAGCGGAACAACUACCAAAACGAGGUCGUGUAACAACCCGGAACCAAAGUAUGAUGGAAAGCAAUGUGACGGUACUGGAACAGAGUCCAAAUCAUGCACUCCCACAAACUAUUGUCCGGUUGAUGGUGGCUACUCCAGCUGGGGAAGUUGGGGUGCGUGUUCCGUAACUUGUGCCAGCGGUAGCCAGACCAGGACCCGCGCAUGUGACAACCCAACACCUCAACAUGGCGGACAAAGUUGUUCCGGAAGUAGUUCUGUAACGAAGUCUUGCACGAAGAGCGCAUGUCCAGUUGAUGGUAAUUGGGCUAGUUGGGGUUCAUGGACGUCCUGUACAAACACCUGUGGCGGUGGAACAAAGACGAGAACGAGGACAUGUUCCAACCCGGCAAGGGCUAAUGGCGGGGCAGACUGUGCUGGAAGCGGAAGCGACCAAACAUCAUGUAACACGCAAAGUUGCGCAGUUCACGGCCAAUGGUCAAGCUGGGGAAGCUUUGGCACGUGUUCGACCACCUGCGGAGGAGGCUUGAAAAAUCGAUAUCGCACAUGUACUAACCCAGCCCCAGCCCACGGUGGAAACAGCUGUCCAAACUCCAACCUAGAUAGCGAAUCAUGCAACACAAAUGCCUGUCCAAUUGACGGAGCGUGGGGGUCUUGGAGUAGCUACACAUCUUGCUCACUUACUUGUAAGGACUAUGGAACGACACAGACCGGAACAAAGAGCAGAACCCGUUCUUGUAAUAACCCUAGCCCGCAGUACAAUGGCGCCAAUUGUCCGGGAUCGGCCUCUGACUCUGCAUCUUGCACUACCUCAACCUACUGCCCGAUUAAUGGUGGAUUUACUUCAUGGACAACAUGGACGACGUGUUCCGUGACGUGUGCUUCCGGUACACAGGAGAGAAGCAGAACCUGUACGAGCCCAACACCCCAGUUUGGUGGAAGUGCCUGUACCGGAGCUGUGGACCAGACAAAAGGAUGUACACUUUCUCCCUGUCCAAUUGACGGCGAGUGGACUUCUUGGGCAAGCUGGGGCACGUGUACCGUUACCUGUGGUGGUGGAACCUCCACCAGGACACGCACGUGUACCAACCCCUCCCCACAGUAUGGCGGGGCUAACUGUCCGAGUACAGGCUCGGAUACAAUGGACUGCAACACACAAGUUUGUAUCAUCGAUGGAGCAUGGGGACAAUGGAACAGCUGGAGUCAGUGUACCGUAACCUGUGGAGGCGGUAAACAGGCACGCACGAGGGUUUGUGACGAUCCGAUGCCUGCAAACGGUGGUCUUGCCUGUUCUGGUGACUCUGCUGUGUUAGGCGAUUGUAACCCAAUAUCAUGUCCAGCUGCGAUGGCUGGUGUCUACCAACAGCUGUGCCCGACCGGCUGGUUUACCUGUGAGUCGGGAGGAAUGAAGUGUAUUAAAAGGGACUUCCAGUGUGACUGCUGGAACGAUUGUGACGACGGAAGUGACGAAACAGCCGGCUAUGCCGGAUGUAGCGGAGCAUUGAUAGCAUCCUGUGAAAGUGGCGCCGAAGGUCUUGCGAAGACAGGAACUUUGACGAUACUGCUUUGCGUCCUGACGUCACUCGUGAUCCUGUUCCAUCGGAACUUGUAGUCCUACAAUUGCCUUUGUAGUCCUGAGCAUUACAUAGUUCUCAAAUACGUUAUAUUGUUCACUCAAACAAAUAUGUUUCCCUCAGAAUAACAAUAAAUAUUUUAGUUAGUUUUGGAAAUGAUGUUGCAUUAUAAUUCUGCUAGAACGAAAGUAUCAACAUAUUCAUAAUUACUUUUUUAUAUUUGCCGAAACUAAAUAUACCAUUGAAAAAGUGACUUUAAGUGAUAUUAAAAGAAUGGCCAAAACAUUUUGUUAUGUUCACGUCCAAUAUUUCUAAAUUGAACUGCAUUCAUUUUGCAAUUUUUCAAUCGGCGCACUCCAUAUUUUUGAUAAUGUCAUUUUUCGGCCAAUAAAACAUGGACGUACAAAAAUGACAGUCAGUAAUUGCCAUCGGUUUUACACUAAACAAUGCUUGUGAGAAGCAAAAUUUCAUUAUUGUAAAUAUAAUGUCACAUCAUAAUAUUGUAUCUUGGAUUUGUGUAGGUUUGAAAUGCGUGACUGUAUUCCCUACGUGCCAAAUUUCUUCGAUAAUAUCUCACGAAUUUGUAUUUCAUUGAAUAUUUCAAUUGUUUUAUUGCCCAAUUCAUUGAUAUAAUUACUUUCCAUUGUCGUAGCAUGACUAGUGUUGUUUCAAAAUCUCGUAAUGAAGACGUAGUUUUCCCAUCAACACAACUGGUGUAAUGAUGACGUGGCAUGUCCUUCAACACAAAUGGUAUUACAUAUCUCGUAAUGAGGACGUGAAAUGUCUUCAACGAAACUGGUGUUUGUAAAUCUUGUAAUGAGAACGUGUUGUGUCCUUCAACACAACUGGUAUUAAGAGAUCUCGUAAUGAGGACGUGUAUCCUUCAACAUUACUUGUAUUAAGAAAUCUGGUAAUGAGGAUGUGUAUUGUCCUUAAACACAGCUGGUGAGGGAUGUAAAAGCUGAAGAUAAAAUGUACAUAUUUUUAAUUAUGAGUUUUCUAAUUAUGAUAUUUACAUUCAUUAGUGUACCAUGAUAUUUGUAAGUAUUUUCUGAUGUUUCAAAUCGUUGUAUAGUGUGUGUUAUAAAAUAAAAGGAGUUUUUGCCACA